CGAUGGCUUGCAUUCUUUUGGAACAAGCCAUGAGGACUACAAACAUGCUAUUUUCAAAAGAAGCUCAUUCUGAUGACUCCCAGGAAAUCGCUGAUGGAUGCUUCGGGACGGGAGCGGUUUGUCUCGGGCGGGUGGCACGUGCCGAGCAUUCUUCCUGUCAGGCGUGUGCUGCUUUCCUCACGGUGCCAUCUGGUUGCUGCGGAUGGCUGGCCUCACUCUUCCUCAGGUGGAUUAGGGAAAGCCCGGCGUCACCCAGAUUCUCUUGCAUUGCUCCUGAUCCCAUUUUAAAGAGCUUGAGCUGGCCAAGUGUUCUAACCAUCCUUCGGAGACAUCCAAAGCGAGACGACCCUUGGAGGAGAGAGACUGGAAUCUCGGAGGUUCUCACAGCCCCCUUCCAGAUGGGAUCCACGGUGAAACCGCGCUUUGGAGGCCCAGGUAGGCAGCUGUUGUGUUGCGUCUCAGCAGACUUCCCUAAGGAACAGGAUUCCGGUGCCCCGAGGUGCCUCCACCGAGGCAAAGCCCCAGAGCAAGCCCAGAAACAGAGGAGCAAGCGGGAUGCAGCGUUUGCUCAGCGGAAGGCCGAGCGAGCUUCCAUGAGGGCACAGCUGCGGGAGAAAUACCAGCUGCCCAAGAAUCCGAUCGACAAGAAGCAGCUGGAAGUGGCUGGGGCGAAGACGAAGCUCCCUCCGGACCUGCUGGCGAUCAUGAAGCCCAAGGCCGCCUCCGAACCCGGCUCCAUCUUCCCGAGCUUCAGCGGCUUGGACCUCAGCGCCUGGCGUACCACCGCUGAAAGCGCUGUGCGGUCCCUGCCGCGCCCGGUGCAGUGCCCCGUCAUGUGAGCCUCCCCAGGUGCGCCGCGCUGGCAAACCUGACUCUGACAGGGGCAGGAAAACCCCUCCGGGUGGAGGGGUGCCGCUGUGGAGGGCCGAACAUCCCCCAUUACCCCGUGGGCUUGAAACGGGCCAAGCGGUCCUUGGAAUUCUUUAAGGGCUGUGCCAGUUUCCCCUCUCCUCCGGCCUGUGGGGGCUUAGGAGGCAUUGGCACUUGUGGGCCUUGGGCAAAGGCUAUGCUCUUCAUCCCGCUUGCACUGGGAGCUCAUCCACUGCGUGCCACCAUCUUGACCAUUUGUGGUCUUUAUUUAAAGUGUUUUUUAUUCUACUGCUAAGACCUUUCGAAAAACUAGAGCACACAGAUGGCGUAUGUCAAUGGGCGAACCCUUCAUCUAGGCUUCACAACCUAAAACAGACGCAGCACAGAAGGAAAGAGGGAUGAGGAGGGCAGAGGAAAAAUGCAGCAGACUGUCAGCCGUGGAACGGCCUUGCUCCUCUUGACAUCUUCUAUGGGGCCAGCCCCACUGGCCCAGGUCCCAUGUUCCUUUUGCCUGCACUGGCCUCCCCCUUCCUUUCCCACAGGCCAAUUGCUGUCAGUUACCCCUCAUCUAGCAUCCCCCACCAGUGUCGGCUUCUUCAAGAUCGCUCAUCAAAAAGUCCAUUGGAAGCGAAACACACUGAUUCCCGCUCUGGACAAGGAGCCGCUCUUCUGAAGUGGGCACAACACUUGCAAGCCAGGUGCCGUCAUCAUUCCCAGUGAUGGAACUCCUGGUCACUGCAAGCAAAGUUCUUUUAUUUCGGUGCCUGACAUCUCCAGUCGUCACGGCUGCGAAAGAGCGAUAUGUGGGGCUCAGCAGCGCUGCCAUCCGCCAGGCCAGACAAGGGCUCAAAGAGGCGAUUCAGCGUACGGCACUCACUCUCCUGUUGCCUUUGGGGCUUGGAGCAGGGAAACACCGGAAGUCUGAGCUCUGCAGGUGCAGGGCAUUGUUCCAAUAAAAAGCUGUAGCUGUC